GCCAAAGAUGUCGGCUUGGUCAUGUAAUCAGCUGUGUCCAAUCACAGCGAUCACUCGGUGGGGACAUGUACAUUGAUCUUCAGGGCACCGAUGAUCAGUGUGCCCUAAUGAUCUGUGUAGCCCCAGCAGUGCCACCUGUCAGUGCUCAUCAGUGCCAACUCUCAGUGCUCAUCCAUGCCACCUGCCAGUGCCCAUCAGUGCCAAAUCAAUGCCACAUAUCAGUGCCCAUCUGAGCUGCCUUUCAGUGUCACCCAUCAGUGCCAGUCCGUGCCACCUAUCAGUGCCAUAUAUGAGUGCUGCCUUUCAGUGCCCAUCAGUGAUGCCUGUCAAUGUCCAUCAGUGCCACCUAUCAGUGCCUCCUCAUCAGUG